UAAAAAAAUAUAAUUCAAAUAAAAAUGUUUUUUAUAAGCUUACUCCCAUUUUUUUUUUCAGGAUUGUGAUGAAAGCAUGGAGUUGACUUCUGCAGUUCAACAGUUGCUUAAUGCUGGUGAAGGCAUCGUCUGUAAAGCCGCCUUAGAUUCAAUCCUUGUCCAGGAAUCAACAUGGGAGAGGAAACACACUGUCCUUGCUAUCGUUAAAUAUAUUUCAAACGAGGAAGAUGCUUUCUUCGUAUUCACUCACAAUGGAAAUGUCAAUAGUGGCUUGGACCUGAGGAUAUGCAACGCCAUUCCCAUCAAAGGACACUUUAAGUACAGUUACCAUGUUGAAAGUAAAGAAGCUGGAUCAUACAUACCAAUGCAAAUUAGUACAAAUAAUUUGCAACUGAAUUUUGAAGUCAUUUACAAUCAAAGAACAUCAGGCUUUGUUGCACAAAUGAAGGAAUCUACACUAAAUUCUAUUUCCAAGAUUACUAGAGGCAUUUCUCCGCAAUUUAGUUGGCUUUCAAAGUAUGUCAAUCAAGUAGGUCGCACACCGCAGUUGAGUACGGAUCACGUAACUCAGAACCAGGAAAGUAAUGUGCAAACGUCUGCCACUGCUGUUGGCGCUCAAUCAAGCCAGCAACACAGAACUAAUCCAUUCGUGCAACCAAAUGUGUAUUCACCUCCGCUUCAAACAAACGCCAGACCAACAAGUUACGUAAAUCCCCAUGCAUCCAGCCAUCCAUCUCACAAUCCAUAUGUUAACGUACCCGUUGAUCCAUUAACACGGCACUCACAUGUUGGUAGCCAUCCUCUACGGAGACACCAUGCGAUUAGAGAUCCGCGUACCGCAAGUCUUAUUGAUUUUGAUAUCAACUCAAGUGCAUAUGCUGAACUUGAUUUGUCUGGGAACAGGGGAAGUACAUUCACAAGCUACGUUGACAAGAAUGGAAGUGCUUUCCAAGAAAAUCAAGGCAAUAGUUCAUUUUAUUUGACUUCUGGAGGGACAGCUUCAAGCAGCACUCAAAAGGCACAACCGCUGGUUGGUUUUGAGGAUAAUUUUCUGGAUUUAAGCAUCAAUAGGUCGUCAUCAUCAAACACAUCACUUUCAACAACUAGCACUGAAAGUCCCUAUGAAUACAAAAGCUUAGAUAGCUUUGAAAAUGAUGCAGGUUACGCUAAACUAAAGCCGAUUGUAAAACCAGCCGGUGUACGAGAAGAAAUACUGAAAAGGCGAGAAUCGGAGUACACAUACCCUCAUCCAUUUAAGUUGUUUGUUGGAACAUGGAAUGUUAAUGGUCAAAAUGCUGUAGAGCUUUUGACACCUUGGUUAGCUCAAAGUAAAUCUGCACCAGAUAUGUAUGUUGUUGGAUUCCAGGAACUUGACUUAAGCAAAGAGGCAUUUUUGUUCAAUGAUUCACCUAGAGAAGAGGAAUGGUUUAAAGCAGUUGAAGCAGCCCUCCAUAAAUCUGCUACUUACAGAAAGAUAAAGCUAAUUAGGCUUGUUGGCAUGAUGUUGAUAGCUUUUGUGCAAGAAAGACAUCACCCAUUUGUCAGUAAUGUAAUGGCAGAGACUGUUGGCACAGGAAUCAUGGGAAAAAUGGGCAAUAAAGGUGGUGUGGCAAUCCGAUUUGAGUUCCACAACACGUCAUUUUGUUUCGUCAACACUCACCUAGCAGCUCAUGUUGAAGAAUUUGAAAGGAGAAACCAGGAUUUUCAUGACAUUUGUCAAAGAAUGAUGUUUGAGAGGGAAGGUAAAACAGCCUUAAGUGUGUUUCACCACGACAAACUUAUAUGGCUUGGUGACCUCAACUACCGUAUUGAUUACUACGACAGCGAGACAGUAAAAGCAUAUAUACAGAAAGGGGAUUAUGACAUCUUAUUACAAAAUGAUCAGCUAAAUCAUCAACGAAAGCAGAAGAAAGUGUUUACAGGCUUUAAUGAAGGUCAUAUAAAGUUUCCGCCAACUUAUAAAUAUGACACAGGAACAGACAGAUGGGAUUCAAGUGAAAAGCAGAGAGCUCCAGCAUGGUGCGACAGAAUCCUGUACAAAGGCAAUGAAAUUAUGCAGCUGGACUAUUCAUACCACAAAGCACUCAAGUUAAGUGAUCACAAGCCGGUCAGCAGUAAUUUUGAAAUUGUGGUUAAAGUCAUUGAUGAAAAGAAAUACAGAGAUGUUGUAGAGGAAGAAAUUCGAAACCAGGAUCGAGUAGAAAAUGAGGCUCUUCCUCAAGUAACGCUUGAAAACAAUCAGCUGGAGUUUGAAAAUGUGAAGUUUAUGGAACCUCGAACGAAAAAAGUAAGCCUGGCCAACACGGGGCAGACAGGUGUCCAUUUUAAGUUUGUUAAUAAACUUGAAGAUAAACAUUUCUGCAAACCGUGGUUGAAAGUUGAACCAUCUGAAGCUUAUUUCCUUCCAGGCGAUCUUGUAGAAUUAACUGUGAGGAUACUCGUUGAUAAGAAUACUGCCGCUGCACUGAACUGUGGUGAAGACAAGAUUGAAGAUAUAUUAGUUCUCCAUCUGGAGAAUGGCAAAGACUACUAUAUCACUAUUAAUGGUAAUUAUAUUGCUAGUUGUUUCGGCUCAUCAAUAGAAGCGCUUACUAGAAUGCAUUGCCCAAUACGAGACAUGGAUCCCAAAGAUGUUACAGCGCUGGAACAAGGAAAAAGUGAUUUUGAUAGUGUGCAAAAGUUUGACAUUCCGAAGGAGAUUUGGAUGAUUGUGGAUCACCUGUUCAGAAAUGGCCUAAAGCAGGAGGAUCUUUUCCGUCAAGAAGGCCUGAAGAACGAAAUUCUUGAUAUCAAAGACUGUUUGGACUUGGGUAUUCCUGAAGAAAUUCCUGGAAGUAUUCAUUCCGUGGCGGAGUCUUUAAUGCUGUUUCUAGAAUCGCUUCGUGAACCUGUAAUUCCAUUUAAAUACUACCAGAAAUGUCUAGAUAGCUCUAACAACUUUGUUCUUUGUAAGCAGGUAAUGGGAAUGAUUCCAACAAGCCACAAAAAUGUAUUCAAAUACUUAACAGCUUUCAUCAGAGAACUUUUAUUCAAUUCCGAUGAGAACAAACUAGACGCCAAAACAUUGUCGACCAUGUUCGGUAGUCUGUUUCUGAGAACCCAAAAUGCAAGUCAACUUGAGAAGUCUGGGAGGACAUCUUUAAGUGUGGCAAGGAAGAAAGCUUCUUUUGUGUACCAGUUCCUUAUUAAUGAAUAUGAUGACUAGAAUGAUGGGAGGAAAGAGGUUUUUCCCAAGCUAGUUUCUCUAUUGGACUAGAUACUUCAAGUUUGUAUAUGUUAUUCUUCACUCAUUCUUCAAGUUGGGCUCCAAUUGCAAUGAAAAACCUUGGAAAUGUCACAAAGAAACCUGGAAGAAGUCAGAAAAACCGGAAAAAUAGAAAGUUCUGUGGAACCCUUAAAAAUAUCAGUCAUAAACUUGGAAAUGUGAUGGAAAAAUUCUAAAUUUCAUGGAAAAUUCUUUAUAAAUGUCAUAAAACUUGAAAAAGUGGUGGACACUUGGAUAAUAUAGUGGAAGUGCCAGAAUGUCAUGAAAGUGCCAGAAUGUCAUGGAAGUGGCGGAAUGUCAUGGAUGUGCCGGAAUGCUAUGGAAGUGCCGGAAUGUCCUGCAAGUGCUGGAAUGUCAUGAAUACCUAACAAAGUUAUUGAAAGUACUAUGAAAUUUUAAAAUAUGUUUGCGUCAGGGCUAUUAAAGUGAUUGAAACUUUGUGAACUGUCAGUGUCGUCAAAAACUAUAUAGUAAAGAAAUACAUUUCUGAAAUUAAAUUAUUUAAAGUUUUACUCUUUCCUCACAUUCCAAGUGUAAUACAAAUUUUGCAGAAUAAUCAUUGAAAGUCUUAUAGAUGUCACAUAAAUUGAGGAAUUUCAGUUGAAAUUAUUUUUUACUUUUAUCAUAGUGGCUGUUUGGUUGUACGCGUUAAUUUAAGCGAAAUUAGAUACACAUUAGAUAUUUUGAACCAUAUUUUUUUUAGAUUUAAAUUUUUAUUUUAAAGAUUGCAAUUAUUAGCUUCUUCUGUAUUUGGUCUUAUAUGGUAUAAUUUAUUAAACACAAAUGAACCUUUAUACGUACGUCAAACUUUUACAACUACGUAGUCUGUAGUCAGCGUCAGAACUGUUUGUUUCUAGCCAAUAGAAUUCUCACUGACAAGAUGCGAGUUCAAAAGAGUUGACAGUUUGCAUUGUCUCUCGUCCCAGUUCAUAGAUAUCUUGAUGUGAAUAAACAGGCCUGAUAAUGACUACAGACUGCAUAGUCGAAAACAUGAAACGUACGUAUAAAAUGUUAGAUUAUGUUUUAUUUAACCUUAGAUAUUAGUCAUAUCCAAUCAUAUACACUUUUUUAAGAGAUCUAAAAAGGGUUAUUAUUUUUCAAAGUAGGAUCCUUGCCCAAAUCAAAGCUGUGUGCUCUUUCUACUUAUUCAAUUUUAUAAUAAUUGUUUUAGUAUUAACUUGGUAAUUUUAAUGCCACCCUUUCCUGUCAUCGUAUUUAGUUGGCUCACAUUUAAACAAUUCAUCCAUAUCAUGUUUAUAAGUUGGCUCUCAUUUUAACAGCCAUGUAUUCUCUAUAUUGGCUCAUGUGUAAAUAUUUCAUCCUUGUCAUCGUUAUCAAUGGGCUAACAUUUAAACAAUAAACAUUUAAAUAAAUAAAUAAACAAACAAUUCAUCCAUGUUCAUAUUUUAUUCGGUAACAUUAAAGCAAAUCGUCCCUCUCCCUUUUUUUUAUGACUCCAGUUGUGAUAAAGUUUAUUGUGAUAAAUUCAAGAACAUGAUAAUAUUUGUAUGUAAUAGAGUUCGUAAUGAGUAUGUCGAUUAUGUCUGUGGUUAAGCAGGCUUGGCAUAUAUUGUUAUAUAAUAAUUAAUAUAAAUGCAUAAUUUAAUAGGAUGGAAGAAGAAUGAUGAAGGGUUUUAUUUUAUGUUAUGUAAAGCUGUUUUGUAGACAAUGAUAGAGAAAGGAAGCAUGGGGAAAAUUUUAGACCACCUUUACCCACCCCCACCUUAUCCCCGUUUUGGACAUCAAUAAUUUUUCUAAACUCUAAAGGUUAAAAAAACUCCAUGCUUCCUGUAAUCAGACAUGAAGGAAAAUUGUGUAUUAUUUAUCACAUAAAAAGUCUCAUUUAUUAAUAUUAUUGUUUUAUUAUUAUUUGUUGAUUUUUUUUCUUGCCAGUUAAUGGACAACAUGUUGUUAUAUUCAAUACAUAGACCAUAAAAGUGACUGGUUAUCAAAUUAAGGAUUUUUGUAGCAACAGAUUUGAAAAAAUGAACUUCUGUAAUUGGAAUGUAAUAACUUAUUUGACCUGUUUAAAUGAACUAUUCAAUUUUUUUAAUUGAUUUUUUAAAGGUUUAUUUUAUAUUCAGUUAAUCCAAAAAAAUAUGAUAGCUAACAAUAGAUAGGUCGCACAUGUGAAAUGUUGAUAAAUAAAUUAUAAUGAAUACAUUAAUCAGUUUCAUCAGCAUCAUUAAUAUUUUGUUAUUAAUGUAAUGGUACUACUUUGUAAAUAGUUGAUUUUUCUUAAUGAAAAUGUUAAUCUUAUUGAUCAUGUUAUUAUUAUUAUAAAUUGUUAUAUAUGAUCAAUGGGGUGUAUUAUUUAUAGAUAUUUCAAUUACAGGUGAUUGAGUUCAAUAUCUUAAUUAUAUUAAUUUCACACACUGUUUUACAUAGUAGCAAUUAACCCAAUUUAUUUAUCUUGUAAUUACUUUGUUUUUGUGUACGAUCAAAUUGUGUUGUGUUGUAUGUGAAAUCCGAUUUUAGUAAAUUGCUAAAGAUUUAUUAUAAAGUGUUAUAUGUCCUAAUAUAAUAUUAUUGUUAUUGUUUUUAUUUGCUUUCCUGUAUCGUUAGAAUUACCUGUACAAUAGGUUAAGGGUUAAUAUGAUUUUUAUGAAAUUUUAAAGAUUAAUUCAGCACAAAUGCUUUAAUAAAAUAUAAUGAGAGAUACA